AUGCGCCACUUCUUUCUCUUCUCCGACAUGAUACUCUAUUGUCGCGCCACCCGAGGCCGGAAGAAGCUGGAAUACAAGGGACACUUCUCCCUCAUGGAAACCCUCCUCGCACCUCACCCCGACAACCGACUGUACAAAUAUGCGUUUGAGGUGGUGCGCAUGGAUGGAAAGAAGAGGCGCUACAUAUUGGCAUUCCCGAACCAGCAGGAGAUGGAGGAGUGGCAGACCCUGAUCGAGCAGCUCAUCUCGCGGCAGCAGACCAAGGCCAAGCGCCAGUCCGACGCCAAGGCGGCCGAGCAGCACGAGUUGGAGUCAAAGCAGGCGACCCACCGACGACGAGCGGCCCAGCAGAAGGCCUUGAAGCAGGGCUGCGACGACAUCUACGACGCCGCCUACCAAGGGAAUGUGAAGAUGCUGGAGGCGUUCAUCAAGUGCGGGGCGCCGGUGAACGGCUACGACGAGGAGGGCUGGACGCCGCUCAUGAACGCCGCCUUGCACGGCCACCUCGAGUGCGUGAACCUCCUGCUCAGCGCGGGGGCCGACCCGCACCUGGUGGACGACCAAAAGCAGACCUGCCUCCACAAGGCCGCCUACCACUCCGGCAAGUCGGCCAUCGUCGAGGCCCUGCUCGCCAAAGGCUGCCCGGUGAAUGCGCAGGAGUCGUUCGGCUGCACGGCCCUGCACUACGCCGCCACCUACUCCGAUGUCGAAACCUGCCGAGCGAUCAUUGCCCACAGCGGCAACGUCAAUCUUGCCGACAACACCGGAGGUACUCCGUUGCACUAUGCCUGUCGUGUGAGCAACGGAUACGUGGCCGAGCUUUUGUUGAAGGAGGGCGCCGACCUCAGGGCUAAGGACAGCGAUCGGUUGACUCCCAUCUAUCAGGCUUCGUUCUUUGGCCACGACCAAAUAGUGAAGCUGCUCCUCCAAUACUACACCCCGGAACAGAACGUGAAAAAGAAGAAAAAAGCGGUCAAAGAGCCCACCGCAUGCGACAACAUCCAGGGAGUGUCGCCGUUACAUUGCGCAGCGCUGAUGGGCCACUUGCCGGUGGUCGAAGUGCUCUACGACUACGAGCCCGUGGUGGACGGAGCCGACCUCAACGCCAAGAUGACGGCCGGCGAGACCCCGCUUCUAGUGGCGUGCGCUGGCGGCGCGGUGCGGUGCGUGGAGCUCCUCCUGUCCAAGGGCUGCGACAUGGACGCCGUGGACAGCCAAGGCCGCGGGCCGCUCCACCACGCCGUGGAGUCCGGCAGCUACGAGGCGGUCAUGUGGGUCAUGGAGGAGUGCCGCGACGUGUCUCCCCACGACGCCGCCGGCGUCACACCGCUCCACAUCGCCAUCGAACACGACUACAUGGACAUCGCCAAGCUGCUGAUGGAGCAGGGUAACGCGUCGACGAGUGGUUGCGUGCACGUGGCGGCGCACUACGACCGAACGUGUUCCUGA